AUGCGUGUCUUGCUAGCGCGGCAAGUGACUCUCUGGGUCUUGCUGAGCCUAUGUAGACCUGGCCUGUGCAGCUCAGACUGCGCUGGAGCCAACGAUGCAUUCUGCGCGGUCCAAGCCCCUAUCGCAACGAAGGCCCAUCGUUUUGAAAAGGGUACCAUGGUCUGUUUCGGGGACGACUGCCAAAGUCCCCUUACGGCGUACGCCUGGAAAAAGCACUGGCAGAACUAUUUGGCGUUGGGAACUGACAGCAAGCUGCAGGGCCCGCUGGACCAUUGCUGCCCAGCUUGCGAUAGCAUCCUGACGCAAGGCUGCAGUAACUCACGCAAGGAGGAGCACAUCUUUGUAAGCCAUAUCCGGCCUUUCAUGCACCAAAGCAAAAACACACCCCCAGUGUUUGUAGAGCUGGGUGGUUUCGAUGGCUGGUAUGAGACCAACACACACUUCCUUGAGAGCUGUCUGGGUUGGAAGGGCCUCAUGAUCGAAGGCAAUCCCGAAAACUUCAAGAUCCUUCAGCAAAAUCGUCCGAACACGGUCAAGAUCAGCAGCGCAAUAUGCAACGAGACCACCACGGUGACCCUCCAGGGCCCAGGUGGUGCGACUCAUGUUGCUGAUGAAGGAGGUGUUGUGCCUUGCGCCCCUCUCCAGUCAUUCUUCGACAUGCUUGACGUCCAACAUAUCAGCUUCUUCAGUCUUGACGUUGAAGGGUACGAGCUGCAUGUGUUGAAUUCCAUCGACUGGCGAAAGGCAUCAAUUGCGGCGCUGGUGGUCGAAGAGAUCCAGUUUGGAAGGCACCCGGAGAAGAACGAGGCCGUCAGGAAGUUUCUACAGGCUGCAGGCUACCACUUGUUGGGAGCCAGUUGCUGGAAGCCAGAGUGUUGCGAUUCGUUUUGGAUCAACAAGCGCUUCGUCGACGUCGAAGCCGCCGAGCAACAUCUACUUCAGAACCCAUUUCCCGGCACGUAUCAGAUUAACAAGUGCCGUCCCAAGAACAUCAAAUCUUGA